GCUUGUUUACAGGUGGCAACUCCCAGCCAGCUGAGAGGUUAUUGGUGUCUGACAGCUGUCUUCAAAGCGACAUUUAUUCAUUCCGUCAAGAAUGGCUCCAGAGCAACUUCAUUAAACUGUCCCAAACACAGCGUGAUCCACCAAAUUUCUCAGUGCCUUCGGUGGAGUUUCGUGCCCUUUUUCAUGAAGAUGGCCACUCAACUCCGCGAUGCACCAGCUGGGCUGCGGUUUUUGAUUUCUAUGGGAAACAAAUGUUUUCCUCGCCUCAGACUGAACAGAGAUCUAUGGUAUAAAUCUCUAGUUUUAGUUUUGACUUUCAUGGCAUACACAUGUUACCACAUGAACCGCAAACCCAUCAGUGUGUUUAAGAAUGUGAUAAAUCGUAACUGUUCUGAUCUUGUUCCACCUCCUGGGCAAGAUAUUGACCCAAAUGAUGACACCUGGUGCGAUUGGGCUCCUUUUGAUCAAGAAGGCUCAGAUGGACUUCUGGGUGCCCUGGACUCGGCAUUUCUUUUUGCGUACGCACUAGCAAUGUUUGCCAGUGGUUUUGUUGCUGAAAGAGUUAAUUUGAGAUACUUUUUGGCCAUGGGUAUGAUGCUAUCUGGGAUCGCCUCCUAUCUCUUUGGGCUGGCUCGUUUCUUAGAUAUUCAUCACUUAUCUUACUUUGUAAUUGUGCAAGUGUUUGGUGGAAUAGUUCAAACAUCAGGCUGGCCUGGUGUUGUCACUGUGGUUGGAAACUGGUUUGGCAAAAGUAAAAGAGGCUUUAUUUUUGGAGUGUGGAAUUCUCACACAUCACUGGGGAACAUUCUUGGCACAACAUUGGCUGGAUAUUAUGUUGAGCGAGACUGGGGUUUGUCUUUCAUGAUGCCAGGCCUGGUCAUGGGAAUCUGUGGCUUAGUUAUUUUUAUGUUUCUUGCUCCUCACCCAGUCAAUGUAGGUUGUGGAAGACCUACACAUUUACAGGAAGCAAGUGAAUCAACAGGAAGCGUUAACGCUCCGGGGCGAGUGCGGUCCCAAGUGUCAUUCCCUUCAGAUGCUGACACUGUUACUUCCAACAGCUCCAGCAUAGAUGACCCUGAUCUCAUUGAGGAUGAAUCUCCGGAAUCAUCUCGUCUCCUGCAGCCUGAUGGCACUAGUUUGUCUGGAGAUCGUCCUCAUAAAGCUAUUGGUUUUCUUGGUGCUCUUAGAAUUCCUGGAGUUAUUGAAUUUUCCAUGAGCUUGUUCUUCUCCAAACUUGUCAGCUACACAUUCUUAUAUUGGCUCCCAAAGUACAUCAAGACAGCAACAAGUUUGUCUCCACGCCAAAGUGCUGACCUGUCAACUCUAUUUGAUGUGGGUGGUAUCAUUGGUGGUAUAAUGGCUGGUGUGAUAAGCGAUUACAGUGGAAUGAGUGCUACGACAUGCUCUGGCAUGUUCAUUUUAACUGUUCCAAUGUUGUUUAUGUAUCAAGCGUAUGGCAAUGAAAACAUGGGCACAAAUAUUUUACUAUUAAUGCUAUGUGGCUUGCUUGUGAACGGUCCAUAUGCCCUUAUUACCACUGCUAUCUCGGCUGAAUUGGGCACACACCAUUCAUUAGAGGGCAAUUCUCGUGCUCUUGCAACAGUCACAGCUAUUAUUGAUGGCACAGGUUCCAUCGGUGCUGCAAUUGGACCAUUUGUGGCUGGUUUAGUUGCCCCAUAUGGCUGGAAUAAUGUUUUCUACAUUUUGAUGGGAGCAAAUAUUAUGGCUUUGUUGUUUUUAUGUCGGAUAGUCGUUGCAGAAAAUCAAAGGUUUUUACGCACUCGGCGAGGUACAUGGACUGCAUAGACUUCUUCAAUAGAUAGGUAGAGAAAUACAACCCUUUUAUAGUCAAUCAGUUCUUCGGUACUCUCUUGAGCCCUAUCUCUGGGAAUCUCUACUUAAUUAUGACUUGAUCCCCCUCUAUAUAUUAUCUUGUGUGGUUCUUGAACCACUCAGUGCUACUACAUUUUGUUAUUGCCAAUAGGCAGCUGUUUUAUCAAAUUUGAUCUUUUAACAUAUACAAAGACCUUCAUUUUAAAAUGCUCAAUAUAGGUGUGUGAUGUUAGUGUAGGUCAAUAGCAGCCCCCCCCCCCCCCCAUUUUUUCCUCUUUUUCCCCUGUUUGUUCUACUUUUGUUUUUAGUCCUAUCUUGUUUCUUUCUUUUAUAAAUUUAUGUUCCUACCUGAGAGUGUGACUGUGAUGGAACUUCUCAAGAAUGACUUGUGAUAUGUAGAACAUCCAGUGAUGUUCAAGGAUUUAUUAUAUCUUAUCAUGUAAUGUAUUUUGUUUUGAUUCACAAUUAAUUGCUUAUUAUGAAUGCAAUUCAGUAAUGUCAGCCAUGUACUGUGCAUUGGAAGAAGCAUUCUGUUUAAACUAGGUUUUAGUUAUUAUUAUUAUUUUCUUUGUGUUUUGUCAAACAAAAAAUUUAAUCAAUCAACCUUUUGAAAAAAAAAAAUCUUAAGAUCUGUGACACAGGUUCUAUGUUGACAGCACUGUUUGGAUGAGAAGAAUUAUAAUAAUAUCCUGAAAGAGUUAGAUGCAGGAAUAGCAGUGUUUUUAACUUCAUUCUUCCGUAUGUCUGUUUUUAUUUGUUAGUUAAAAAGUUAGUAACCUUUACUAGUGGUGAGAGAGCUUUAUUAGUUUCCCUUAGGGGAAUAUGAUGUUUGGUACCAAAGCAUUUAAAAUAGACAUAGUGAUGAUCAUCCGGAAGUCAUUUCUGAGAGAGUGAUGUUUCAGAAUUGAAUGGUGGGUGUACUCGUCUGUUUCCAGAUGCAGAUCUUUUUUUGUGGCUUUUGCUUGCUUAUAAUCCUUUUGUCCUUUUAGUCAGCAUACUCUUUUUAAAAUCUUGACAAGGGACAGUAAUUCCUUCACUUGUACCUACAUAGGCAACCCACUUUGUGGGAACUUGCGACUUAAAAUGUAAGUUGUAAAUCUUAAUCACUCCAAGCAGGAUCUAUUUUGUACAUUCUGUAUUUUUCUAUGAAGGUGUAGUAUACACACUCAUAUGCAAGAAAAGUAAUAAAAAUAUUUUUAUGAAAAUU